AUGUCCACCGGAUUGAGCAAAGAGGAAUAUCUGAAACGUUACACUUCUGAUUACACAGCAUCGGAUAAAAGAAAGAAACGAAGAAAAAAGUCAGAAAAUGUCAGAAUUCCUAAGUCAAGAAUUGUAGAUGAUGACAUAGAUCUGAAGACACUUCUGCCAAGUAACAACGAGGAGACCACAGCAUACGACAAUAUGGAAGAAAAUGUACCGACUGUUGCAGCUUUUGUGGAUGAGCGUCCAAAACAUAUUCAACAGCUGGAAGCAUACAAAACAGACAAGUGGAAGGGAGUAGCCGCAAAAGAUGAACACUUGACUUUGGUUAACUCAAAAGUUAGAAAAAGACAUGACUCGGAUUCUGCUGAUUCGCUGUUAGGUAGAGAAAGACAUGAUUCAAAUUCAGACCAGUCACCUCCAAGAAAAGGACGACAUGAUUCUGAUUCUGACCAAUCCCCACAAAGGAAUCGGAGACAUGAAUCAGAUUCUGACCAAUCACCUCAAAGGAAUAGGAGACAUGAAUCAGAUUCUGACCAAUCACCUCAAAGGAAUAGGAGACAUGAUUCUGAUUCUGACCAAUCCCCACAAAGGAAUAGAAGACAUGAAUCAGAUUCUGACCAAUCACCACGAAGGAACCGAAUACAUGAUUCAGAUUCUGACGUAUCUCCUCCAAGGAAAUUUUCAAAAAGUGACUCGAAAAAAAGAAAACAAACAGAAGAUGUUUACAAAACAGGAAAAAGUAUGAGACGUAAAGAACAAGAUGAGAAUGGUAGCAAAAUGAAUAAGACAUUGUCUGGAAAGAAAGCUGGUCUCUCCUCAGCAAAAGAUAUGAAAAGAGAAGCAGAUGUGUUGAGAAAAAAAGAGGAUGAAACAUUUAAACAGAUAUCAUCAGAUCUUUUAGGGAAAGAUGCUAAGACUCAGUUUAGAAAAAGUGGAAGGCAGCAAAAGAAAAAAGAUGCAGAGCCAACAAGAGAAGAAAUAGAGAGAAAAGAAGAAAUAGAAGCCAAACACCGUGAAUGGGGGAAAGGUAUAAAGCAAACAGAGAACAAGGCAGCUCGACUAGAAGAUCAUCUGUAUGAAAUGUCUAAACCUUUGGCACGAGCACGAGAUGACAAAGAUCUGGACAAUAUGUUAAAGGAUAUGGAAAGAGCUGAUGAUCCAAUGUUAGCCUUCAUUAAAAAGAAAAAAAGCAACAACAAAACAAAAAAAGAACUUCCAAAAUAUAAAGGACCUCCUCCACCUCCAAACAGAUUUGGGAUUAUGCCAGGCUACAGAUGGGAUGGUGUAGACAGAUCAAAUGGUUUUGAGCGAUCAAUAUAUGCAAAAAUUUCAGACAAAAAAGCUGUUGAUGAUAUGGCUUACAAAUGGAGUGUGGAAGAUAUGUAAUUUGUAUUAAAGUCAUGUGUCAAUUUUUAUGAUCUCCUGAGACAUGAAUAUCUUUGAUUAAGUGCAAAUUCUUCAAUAAACAAAUGAAAAUCAACACAAAAGUUACUUU